AUUUGUUUGUUUCUCAUGAACGCUGACGUCCUAAAUCUGCAGUUUUAUCACGAGCAGAAUGUGACUGUUGCUCCUCGUGCAGGACCCCGCCCACCUAACACACGAUUGGCCAUUCCCCCGCUUAUCUCGCUGCUCAUUGGCUCACGCGGCCGUCACUCGACAUCUCACCACUGUUUGGGCGGUGGGGCACAAAAAACAGAAAUCAUAUUUGAGCGGCUCAGCGGGGAGCAGCCUGUCACUGACCGGCGGAGCUGCGAGGCUGCUGGGGUCUUUUUUUUCGGCUCUGAAAUGAAGAGAGUAAACAGCUUCCAGAGGUUCAUGAACAGACGAGCCGCUGCUAACUGCCGCUACCAGCCCACCUGCUAUGAGCACGCUGCAAACUGCUACACACAUGCGCUCCUCAUCAUGCCGGCCUUCGUGGGCAUGGCGCUGCUGCAUCGUCUGUCGGACACCGGCUGGGAGAGGAUCACUGCCUGGGUGUACGGAAUGGGCCUGUGUGCCCUCUUCCUGGUCUCCACUGUGUUUCAUAUCAUCACCUGGAAGAAGAGUCACAUGAGGUCUGUGGAACAUUGUUUCCACAUGUGUGACAGGGUGGUCAUCUAUUUCUUCAUCGCUGCCUCCUACACACCUUGGUUGAACCUGCGUGAACUGGGCCCUCUAGCAGCACACAUGCGCUGGUUUGUGUGGCUCAUGGCUGCUGCUGGGACCAUUUAUGUCUUCAACUAUCAUGAAAAAUACAAACUUGUCGAGCUGGCCUUCUACUUGACGAUGGGUUUUUUCCCCGCAUCAGUCAUGGCGUCAAUGAGCAACACCGAGGGGCUUCAUGAGCUGGCCUGCGGCGGACUGAUCUACUGCCUCGGCGUGUUCUUCUUCAAGAGCGACGGCAUCAUCCCCUUCGCCCACGCCAUCUGGCACGUGUUCGUGGCGCUGGCUGCGGCCGUGCACUACUACGCCAUCUGGAAAUACCUCUACAAGGCCCCCAGCGCUGACACCCUCCUCCAGUCAUGACCACAGCCGGGGCUGGACGCCGGUUCCCCACCUUCCUCCUCCUCCUCCUCCUCCUGUGCGCCUGAGCGUCGGCGCCCUGCACACCGACUCCCUCAACUGCCCACUGAAGCUGCGACGACAGCCAAAAAGUUUACGAAAAUGCUGACCGUGAAUUGUUUACUGUUUUCUAACGGAGGAGAACAGAAUUUUUUUCUGACCAACAAAAGCUACUUUCAAAAAGCUGUUUUGUACAACUUCAGCGAGGGGAGGGAGUUUAGACUUUUUUUCUAAUGAACCCUGGCCCAUCCGUGAGUGUUUGAGAAAUUUGAUAGCAGUCUUUUGUAUCACUUGAAUCGAGUCACAUUCCACAUCGGGGGUUAUUUUUUGUGUUUCAAAAACCUGGAGAUUUCAUCCAUUUCAGCUGGUGAUUUGACCGCUGGGGGACGUCGAAUGAGGUGCUUUAAAAAAAGAAAAGAAAUCAGCUGGUGUCAGAAGCAGGGCUGGGUAUCAUCAUCAGAAAAGGUUUACGUACCAAUACCCACAAUUAUAUAGUUUUUGAUACUAUAAACAUUUAAAAAAGAAACCAAAGAACCCACAAGUAGCCGUACAGGAACUUUGAAUGACUAGAAAAGUUUAAAACCGGCAAAAUUCGCUUUAAAUCCAAUCGAAGCGUAAGUACAGUAGAGUCUGAUGCCAACUUUUGUACCAAAUAGUAUCGCGGUUUGAUUCCCAGCCUUUAUCAGUAGUUUAACAGAGACUUGACAUGAUUUGAAGGAAAUAACAAGCGUUGAUUAAUUGUUUUCAUUUAUUCUGUAUUCAGUGUUUCAAACAUCGUCGACCCAUCUUCUCUUUCUCGUGUUUUGUUUCUAAAUGCAGUCCUCAGUUUUUCAGAGAGCCAGUUUCUUCUGCGAGUGUUUAGCGCCCUCUGCUGGUGGGCGGCUGUAAGAAGGUGACUGACGGCAUUUCAAGGUGAAGCUGUUUGUUUUUUUUAUUAUUAAUGAGCCAAACGAUGAGAGAAAAUCAGUUCAGGAGAACUUUUCCACUUUGUUAUUAAUGUGAACAGUGUGUGUGUGUGUGUGUGUGUGUGUGCACGACCUUCGUACUGUAGCUCAGUAUUACAUUUCCACUGAUUUAUAACUCGCACCACUAGAAUGACGUGUUUCCUGUUUGUAUUCUGACGCAGGUGGAGAAACUUCACCUUCGUGUUUUUCGUCUCAUGUUUUUUUUUCUUUUCUGUAAACGUGCUCAGUGGCUCAUAAAAAAACUUUCCUCUUAGUGACGUGCAAAGCUGAACGGCUGCAUAUUUCUUAAUUUCGUCUUCCUUGUUGAAAUGGUUUUCCUUAACCACUCUGUUUUGUAAUGUUUGUAUAUUCUGUCCUUUGUUUUUGUUUUUGUUUUUUUUUUGUCCUGUCGAUGACAUGCUCCUCGCCUUUUGCAGGGAAAAAAACUGCUUCUUGUUUGUUCCAUUGGCUGUUAAUGGUGCUGCAUAUACUGUACAUGAAUGCUCCUCUACUAUACUGAGUAUCACCUUUCUAAUGUGACAAUAAAAAAAACAAAAAAUGAUAA